AUGGACAUGGACAGCGAGAUACCUCAGACGGAUCUGUCCAGUCUGCACCCAGACUGCGAGUAUAUAAUACAGCUGGAGAGAGAGGAGCGGCAUUGUCUUCAAUACAUCGCAGAGCAUGACAACAACCACAGUACACUAGGUUGUCUACCGUUCUGGGACUCUGUGGUGUGUUGGCCAUAUGCUGCGGUUGGGGAGAUGAUCAACACAACCUGUCCUGCUGUCUUCUCUUUUUGGGGGAAUAACACAGGGUCAGUCAGCAGAAACUGCACCAGCAUCGGAUGGUCGCGACCCUUCCCCCCGUACCACACAGCCUGUAGUGUGGAUGAUGACGUUCCCAUUCCAGAGGACUCCUACUUCGCCACUGUCAAGCUGAUCUACACCAUCGGCUACGGCACCUCCCUGGUUUUCCUCUCCAUCGCCGUGGUGAUCCUGUUGCUCUUCAGGAGGCUUCACUGUGCCAGGAACUAUAUUCACAUCCAGCUGUUUGUCACCUUCAUGCUAAAGGCGGUGGCUGUGUUCAUCAGGGACGCCACACUAUUUGCCAGCGACGACACCAACCACUGCACCCUCUCCACCGCAGCCUGUAAGGCAUCAGUGGCCUUCUGUCACUACUGUGUCAUGACUAACUUCUUCUGGCUCCUGGUUGAGGCCCUCUACCUCAACUCACUGCUCCUCUCCUCCUUCCACCACUACCGCCGCUGCCUCUGGGGCUUUGGCCUGCUGGGCUGGGGUGUACCCAUCAUCUUCACAGUCAUAUGGAUUGGGUCCAGGGUGUAUUUUGAGGAUACUGAAUGCUGGGACAUCAAUGAGGACUCCCCCUAUUGGUGGAUCGUAAAAGGGCCAAUUGUUGUUUCUAUCGGGGUCAAUUUCAUCCUCUUUCUGAACAUCAUCAAAAUCCUGAUACAGAAACUGAACCCUCGUUUGAUCCAGUUCAAUAACUCCGACCACUAUAGACGGCUGACUAAGUCAACCCUGCUCCUCAUCCCCCUCUUCGGGACCCCCUACAUGGUGUUUAACUUCCUACCUGACUACUUCAAUGUUAGCGUGCGCCUCUGGAUCGAGCUCUGCAUGGGGUCCUUUCAGGGGCUGAUAGUAGCGAUUCUCUACUGCUUUCUCAAUCAAGAGGUCCAAAAGGAAAUCCAUAUGAGGUGGCUGAGGUGGCAGGAUAACAGCUACGGAGUGGUUCUGCCCGGUGCCAAGGGAAGUCAGAUGGACACACAUUUCUAGUGCCACACUCUUCAUCCUCCUCCUCCUCCUCCUUUCUCCAACCUCUAUAUGUGUGUCUUUCGGCAGGGUUGGAAUAAACCAGAAGUUCCCAUUGGACAACGGUCAUAUUCUUCUUCUAAUUCCUGUGGCCUCCAGACAUUGCUUAUAUAUUUUUAGAAGGAGAGGGUGCUGUACAUUGUGUCCCUAAAGCAUACAAUGUCCUCUCUUCCCAUCAUCACAAUCUCAUUGCUAAAGGGACCACCACUGUGUUCAUCCAUUGUGUCCAGCUCAAGAUGAACUGUUGCAGCACUGUGAAAUGCCCUUCCUCAUCCUCUUCCUCCUCCUCCUCUUUCUUCUCUUCAGUAUCAUCUAUGGUUAAGUUAGUCUGUCUCUGAGGUACUAUACCAUCAAGGAUUGUAUCCCAAUAGGUAUUGGGACAGCAAAUAAAGUGUUGAUGUUUUUUUUUAACAAAGCAAAGUUCAAAAAUAAUUUAUACUGGAAAAUAGAGGUAUCAAAUGGAGGUAUCAAAUGUGUCCCUGUUUUCAUGUUUUAUGUGAAUAUUGCUUUAUAUGUUUGUAGCUUUCUCUCCAUGUUUCAGUGCCUCUGUGUGUGUUUAGAUCUCUCUCUUUCUCUGUGUGUGUUUAGCU